GUUUCAUUUUGAAGGAUUAAACCGGAAGUCUGUUAAUAUUUUAGCUGACUUUACACACUUAAAAACCUGUGUUUUCCUCUCGGUAGCAUUUCGGACAACAUGAGCACGCGCACGUGCUCGAGCGUGCCGCGUGGACGCCAGUAUAAAACGGAAGGUCCAGGUUCAGACAAAAGUCUAUGUAAAGAGGAUUUGGUUUGUGAGGAGCGCGAGGAGAACAUCCAGAAAUGAACAGGGUCAAUAGAACCAACAUGACCUCCUCCAUGUUCUUCCCGGGCAUGGGCACAGCUCCUUUCUUUAAGGUGACUGUGUUUGAGCAGGAGCAUUUCCAGGGCAAAUGUAUGGAGUUCAACUUCGAGUGCUGCAACAUCCACGACUGUGGCAUGGACAACAUCCGCUCCAUCCGAGUGGAGAGUGGAGCCUGGGUGGGUUUUGAGCACCACGAUUUCCAGGGUCAACAGUUCAUCCUGGAGAGGGGCGAGUACCCCAACUGGGAAGCCUACUGCGGCGCUCUGUCCUACCACACCGAGCGCUUCAUGUCAUUUCGCCCCAUCUACUGUGCUUCUCACCAGAGUAGCCGCAUGAUGAUCUUUGAGAGGGAGAACUUUAUGGGCCGCCGCACCGAGCUGUGCGACGACUACCCUUCCCUGCAGGCCAUGGGCUGGUUCAGGCCUGAGGUGGGCUCCAUGCACGUGCAGAGCGGAGCCUUUGUGUGCUAUGAGUACCCAGGCUACAGAGGCCAGCAGUACAUCAUGGAGUGUGAAAGACACAGCGGAGACUACCAGCACUGGAGGAACUGGGGCUCUCACUGCCAGACUCCAAAGAUCCAGUCUAUCAGACGCAUCAGGCACUGAGAGGGCACCGAUCAGGACCGGCAGCAGCGCCACAAACCAAACUCAGACUAAUACUUGCAUAUUGCACACCACAGGGGCCCAAAAGCUUGGUUCCGAGCUUAGGGCUUUGGACUGUAACUACAACACAAACCAUCUGUGAUGUAGCAGCUACCUCUAAAUCCCAGCACAUAUCCAUGCUUCUCUUUGCAAUAAAAGAGUAUUUUGUUUUGGUACAAGUGAAAUAAAGUUUAG